CUCGCUGCAUCUCCAACAAAAAAAACGGGACGGGCUCACAUCACGGGCAGGCUCAGCUGACGCGGCGCUGGGAACUGGGGGGCACGAAACGAGAAGUUACUGUCCAUGAAGGACGGAUUGCAUAACGGCGGUUUCCCUUCGCUGUGUGUGCAGCCUGCAGCAGGCAUGGAGCAGAGGUGAGAUCCACGGACGGCCAGCUCCCCUCCUGCAGCGCUCCAGGACCAUGCUAGACUCGAGCCUGCCGCACACUCUGCUAUAGCUGCCAUCUGUCUAUCACCAUGGUGACAGAGAGCUCCUGGACCUUGACACUGUUGCCAUGGUGACCCUGUAAUUCCAAUCUGUUGCUGUGGUGACCACAUUAAAAGCCCCAGGUAACUGUAACAAUCUGCUGCCAUGGCGAUGCUGUAGAGACGCCCAGUGAAGUCAUAAGCCUGUUGCUAUGGUGAUCCUGUAGCAAAGCAGCAGUCACUAUGGGAACCUCCAGGAUGUUCCGUGUUUUUGUCGUCCUGGGUUCGGCCUUCAUGAUCCUUCUGAUCAUUAUCUACUGGGAUGAUGUCGGAACAGCUCAUCUGUAUCUGCACACUCCGGUCUCGCCGGGCCCCAAAAUCCCACACCCCCCUCCCCAGCAGCAGCCUCAGACCUCCCGAACCCCAUCUUUCCUGCAUGACAUCGAUGCCUUCGUCAACCAGUUCUUAGAGCCGGGAACUGGCGAGCCCACAGACCCUGCCCCCUCUGACUCAAGCAACCAGUCGGAGAAAGCAGAGGAGCAGUAUAUACCCCGACGGGAGUGGAAGAUUCACCUGACUCCAGUGGCACCAGAGCUCCGUGAGAGACAGGAGCAGCGGCGGCGGUUACUGCAGGAGAUGUGUGCUAACGACAGCGUGGCGUUUCCUGGCAAAAACCGUUCGUUUGAUGACAUUCCCAACAAGGAGCUUGAUCACCUGAUUGUGGAUGACAGGCACGGUAUCAUCUACUGUUAUGUGCCAAAGGUGGCCUGCAGUAACUGGAAGCGGCUCAUGAUAGUCCUGAGUGAAAGCCUGCUGCAUGAUGGCGUUCCACAGCGAGACCCCCUGGCCAUCCCCAGAGAUCUGGUCCACAACAGCAGCAUGCACUUCACCUUCAACAAGUUCUGGAAACGCUACGGGAAGUUCGCAAGGCACCUCAUGAAGGUGAAGCUGAAGAAGUACACCAAGUUUCUGUUUGUGCGGGACCCCUUUGUGCGUCUCAUCUCCGCCUACCGGAAUAAAUUUGAGAUGCGUAAUGAGGACUUCUAUCGGCGUUUUGCACAGGUCAUGCUGCGCCGCUACGCCAAUCAGCCGACACCUCCUUCCUCUGUGGAUGAGGCGAUUGCUGUGGGCAUCCAGCCCUCCUUCUCUCACUUUGUCCAGUACCUCCUGGAUCCUCAGACAGAGAAGGAGAUGCCCUUUAAUGAGCACUGGCGGCAGGUGUAUCGGCUUUGCCACCCGUGCCAGAUUCAGUAUGAUUUUGUGGGCCACUUGGAGACGGCAGAGGAGGACGCAGAGCACCUGCUACGCCAGCUGCGGGUGGACAAUGUGGUGGAGUUCCCCACCUCUCACAGGAACCUCACAGCCAGCAGCUGGGAAGCUGACUGGUUCAGCACAGUACCUGUGGAGGUGCGGAGAGAACUCUACAAGCUGUACGAACCCGACUUCAGGCUUUUUGGCUACGACAGACCAGACUGGAUCCUCAAUGAGUGACUCGCGUUUUUACACAGUGGGCCCAGGCACGAGUAGACAACACGGUCUUUGUGUUAAGAAAUGAUACACUCCAACUACAGUGACACCUCCCUUUGUUCUGGGCUUUGCAGAUGGCUUCUCCACUCCAGUCCGUUCUACGCUGAAUGUGCACAUUCUUAGGGACACUCACUCCUCCAUCUCAGCACACUAAGGAGGUGAAGCCAGGUGUUAGCCAUUAUACAUUAUUGUUUCUCUUUAUUAAAGGUAUAGUCAGCGAUUCUAGCAAAAGAAUAUUUACAUUUCGACCACCAUGUACACAAAUCCACAAGUCAUUUCAGUUAGGACACCUGCAAACUAGCAAUUUAGCUGAAUGUUCCAGUAAAAGUUGAUUUAGCAAACAAGCUGAUGUGACACAGAUAAUGCCCAGUUUGUUACAGUAGCAUCGCCACAAAGAUUAGCCUAUUACCAUAAUGGUUUUCAGCGGCACAAACAAUUGACCUGUCCAGAAGACAAAGAACAACAUCUGUGUCCGUCCUCAUUCCUUUUACAUAAAUGCCAGAGUUCCUCUCUUUGCUUGAUUAUGGUCCUUAUUUUUCCAGUUUUUGUGCUUCUGUCUUUCUCCUCAGUUGUUUAGUUGUAUAGGCUGUAAGUGGAAGCGGGGGAGCUGGUACUUUUUCAGCCACCUCACCGUUUCGGCUGCAGCAGUGUUGUGAGUUUUCCAAGCCACCACACACAUGAUGCUAUGCACGAGCAGGUGUGCUCCUUGUGCUGAUUGGCUGAAAUUAGCCGGCCCGACCCCAAUCCGAUUUUCGCCUGUUACCCCGCGAACGCAGCACACAGUCACCUGGGGUUUGUGGCGUGUGCAGGCUGAAAGGCCAGGCAGAGAAACACCAGGAAAUUUGAGCUGAAUAUGACGAAAUGUGUAAUUAAUUAGAAUCGCUGACUGUAACUUUAAAUCGCAAAGAUAACGCAAAGCAAACAAGUUAGUGGAACAAACAGCAGUUGUCUCUAACAUGUGGCACAUUCAGUGUAGUCCUUUAACUCAAAACUCUGUGCUAAGUAUCGUUACUUUUCCGACUUUGAUGUCACUCCAUGCCUGCCGUUUGUGACCAACUGUGACAAUCACACAGACUUUGUUGCAGGAUGUUGCAGAGAAGCUUUGCCAAAGUGAUGUCACAGAGCCAUGCUCUCCAUUUGUGAUGUCAUAGAAACCCUUCUGGAUGUGACGUCGGCACAGAAGCAGUGGACAGGACACGUGGGCGAGUAGUUAAAGCAAGGUGUUACUAGAGUAGUAUUAAAUAUAGUUGCACUAGUGUUAGUUGUCAGCUAAUUUAUUUCACAUUGUGGAAGUGCAGCGUUUAUGUUAAGCAUGAAAGGGAUUUGUAUGUUGAACAUUCAUUGAAAAUACGGCGACAGCUGUCAACAUCAGAAACAGGUAGAAUUCUCUUCUACCUCCUGCACAGAUUAAGUAGAUGCUCUUUUGUUACGCAGCACAUCCUGUUCCCCCUGCUUUCACUUUGCUACAUUAGGUUUCAGCACAGAGAAGCUCAUUAGAUCAUAUCACCAGAACUGUUUCUGACAGCGUUUCAGCAGCUUGCGUUAUGAGCAUGACAGAAACACCUCAAUGUGUAGAAGCACAGCAGCUCCAGUGAAAACUAGACUGAAGAGCUGAAUUUGUCUCGGCUUGUCUUUGAGACAUAAAACUGGAGUUUCAACAUUCUCCUGAUGUCAUUUCAGCUGUAGGUGCACAGGAGGUGACAGUUUUCUAAAGGGAACAGUGUCUUUUAUUGCUCGGUAUUGUUGUUAGCAACUGAUCAUCUUUGUGUUGUCACACACAGUCUGCAGAUGUUAAGACUGAACUACACUGGGUGAUCCUGGAGACCGAACAGUGUUGUUGAUCUCUCUAAAACAGGAUGGACAUUUUUUACAUUUUAAGGGCGGUAUUUUAUGCAGUAUUUUGUAGCGGGGAGCUGAGCACAUUACAUGAAGCCAACAAAGAGUGUGCUAAUGCGUUGUGUGUACAAGUUGGCUUGAUGGUAGCAUAUCAAGUACAGUGGCAAGUCGGUGCAAGCUGAGGCUCUAGUCAGUGUUAAGGUCAGAGGUUUGAAGUAAAGGUAGAGGCAGGAUGAAUCACGUCUGGCAUUAGGUUACAUGACUAGUACAGGCAGAACGGGGAGACAGUGCCUUUGGUUGCAAACGCUUACACAACAAAAUAGUAUUUUUCUAGAAGGACUUAAUUUUUACUGAGAACACAGUACAGUGACGCCACAACAGUUUGAUGAACUGGGCUUUGUCUUGUGUGAUUAUUGUUUGGGACAAAGAGGAAAAACCGAGCCCUUCAGCAGAACUGUCCAACUGUCCUGCUGGGAGUUUGUAUGAAUCGUGAUUGUGUGCUUUCAGUGGGCUUUUUAAAGUGAUUGUGUCCAGUGGAUCAUUUAAAACCCAGGAUUACAGUGUGGGUUGUACUGUACAUGAUGUCGAGGACCUGCUCUGUAUCACACUGUUCUGCGAGUCACUAAGAUGCACAUGUUCACGCUAGUGACUCAGUGUCGUCUCACUGCCUUUUGUUUUUGUUUUGUGUGAGUGUGGGGCAUUUUGUCAGAUGGGAAACUGUAUUGUUUGACUCUGUAAUGGCUUAGUUAGCACCUGAAAAGGGCCGAAUUAUUUAACACCAGUACUGUAUGUCAUGUCAUCAUCGGAGAAAUGUAGGUCCAUGCUAAGAAAACAAAAACACACCUGUCACCUCACACUUCAAGUUAGCUGUAUUUUUAUAUCUCUUUUGCUGUAUUUUCAUAUGUGACUGUCCAUAACUUUUUCUUAAUGUUUCUUUCUGUCAAAGUGUAAACAACAUUUUGUAAGGCAAAAAGAAAGUUUAUUUAUUGGCAGAGUACAUAUUGCUUUGAUAUGAUAUGCAUAUUUGUAUCCACAGUGGCCCGACAUCACGUUAUUGCAUUCAUAAGAUGCCAAACCUUGUCCUACAUUUUGACCUCAUUUCAGCUCCCUAACAUCAAACAGUGGCACACACCAGAACCUAUUUUUGAGACCGAUGCUUUUGUAAUAUGUGUAUUGUUCCUCUUCUCGUUUACGGGGGAAAUGGAAAGUAUUCAUUCAGUGUGGUCAGUAUUAUGGUGUCAAACAUCUUCUGGUCUUCAUAAAAGACAAAUAAAGGCUGUGGGGCAUGA